CUGAUCGCCGAUUUCAUCGUCUGCAUAUGGGUAAACGGCGUCGGUCUGUUCGUCCACCUGGUGAUGGACAUGAACCAGAGGAAGGCGUUUCUGGAGACCCGUAACUCGAUCGCGGCGCGACUCGACAUGCAAACCGAAAACGAGAAACUGGUAUUUAUUUGA